AUGACGGUCGGCGUCGCUCUCUUACUCGACCUCACCUCCCGCCUGCCCCGCGCCGGGGCAUCCGCCGCCGCCCACUCCCACCCCGGCCUCUCCGCCGCCGCCUUCGCCGCGACUGCCGCGGCCGCCUUCUCGUCCUCCGGGGUGCCCCUCUCCGCGCGCCACCUCUUCGGUUUUCAUGGGUUUACUGUUGCUCAUUGUGAUGCUGGCACAACUGCUGGAUGGAAUGAUGGUUCUGAUGAACUUGUUAAUGAGCUUAAUACCAAGAUUCUUGACAAAAUGCAAUAUGCAAGAAAAGACUACUUCCACAACACAACAAAGGAAUACCCUUCGGAGCUGAAGCCACUCUUUUCUGCCUUUGGGUUGAAAAAUUUUACUAUCACAACCCUGAGGUCUUUUCUGUUAUAUUAUUUGCCACUCAUACAACCUAAACCUCACACUGAUUCUGAGGAUGAGGAUGACGAUCUGCUUCAUGAUGCUCAAGAGAAACCUGUGGAUCUGGUUACUCCCUUCUACAAUUCAGUGAAGCAAAUCAUGCGUGAGUCAAACUGUGUGAUAAAAACGCUUGAUGGCCAGAUUGGUUGA